GACACUGUCCACGAAGUCGCUGGAAGCGGAUGAGACGCCGCCCAGUGCUCACAACUUUUUGCUUCGCCACGGGGUAGCCGAGCUUGAGAAAGCUAUCGCGCCAGGAUAUCCGGUGCUCCUGGGACAUGUGGGAGUGAUAAAUCAGGAGGGCCUGGCUGUAGCUGUCUUCAAUUCAAAUCUAGGCGACUCCUCGACACCAGAGUCGUCUGACGACGAGGAAGAUGCCAUCGAAGUGGAUCGGCAGAGUGUCUUUGCACUUCCGAGCAAGGAGCUUACCCGCGGACCGAAGGUCUUGAAGCUGGAGGAUGUAAGCACCCGCCAGCUUGCUUACGUGCUUGCAACCUCUGUUCCGUUCGUCCACCCCAGCGACCUCCUUCAGAUAGGUGGCGAAGCAGAAGGACUCUUGGAGGCGACAGUCUCCCGGUGCAAAAAGAUCAAGGACAAGAAUGCAGAGUCUGAAGCGGUGCAGCAGGUAAAAGCAGCCUCCAAUUUGUGGAGGCAUCGUUUGGGAAAGAUCUUGGAUUUGAUUACUGGCAAGAAUGCCUCCGCUGUGCUAGUGUCGAGCUGCAAGACCCUGGAUGACAUGACCAAUUUGGUUGGUUGCCUGAGCAAGAAGCAGCGACGGAUCUCGAAGUUCAAGCUUGCAGACAUGGAAGAGGGCUACGAACAGCUCCUAGAAGAGUUGCGCAAGGAUCCGAGAUAUACGGUUGUCGAGGAGGUUCGUGCGAAGUUGCAAAACAUGAUGAAGGAUGCCGCGGAUGCUGCCUUCUUGGCCUUGGCAGAGAAAGAAGCGUCACUCUUGCAGAAGGAGAAGGCGAUCGCUGUGAGAGAAGCCAGGGUGGCUGAGCGCGAAGAGGCCGAAAAGGACAUGAGGAAGAUCAUGUCCAAGCCGACCUCUGGUGCGGAAGAGAAGACGCCUGUCAAGUUGAAGAAGAGGCGUCCAAGGGGCAGCUCUUCGAAAAGGGUCGGCCGCAAGGGAGCUCAUCGCGAGGACGGCCCAGCGGCUGUCCGGCGGCGUUUGGACUUUGCCGGUGACGAUGAUGGUCUGGACUCCGGAUCCAGAGCUGAGGGGCGGAGCACGGUGGAGGCUUCGCCUGCUGAGAAGGAGUCCGGCGGAGAGGAUGAAGAUCUUUUCUGCGGGAAGUUCAAGCAAAGCAAACGCAUGUCGCCUGCCUCCGCGAAGCGAUCCACGAAGCAGUCCGGAGGCGAGAAUCCGCCGAAGCAGAACAGAAAGACGAAAUCCGAGGAGGCAGGGCUGGACCAGCCAAAGGCUCUUGAGAAGGACCUCGCGGACAAGGAACCGGAUGAAGAGUCGGAGUCCUUGCAGAGUGACCAGGAGCCUCCACAGCCGACGAAGGAGUGCUCCGAGGCUGGAGCGCUUGAGGUGGAGCCCGAACUCUUGGACUUGCUUACGGCUUCCACUCCCUCGCAAGAUGCGCCAUUCUGCAUCAAGAUUUUGCAAGCCGAAGAGCUGACCAGCUUGAGCGAAGCUGCGGAUCUUCUGUGCGACAUGGGCCCAAGCCACUUUGCUAUGAUCAGUUCUACGAAUAGCUGA